AUGCGACGCGAUAACGUGAUGAAGCUUGGUGCCGAUUGGACAGAGUCUUUUGCUGAUAAAGAUGGCAUGGUCGGUUCAUUGAGGCGCAGGAGUUCGGCAUUACAAGCUUUAAAUGCGAAAAGCGUUCUCAAAAUUCGUCAGACAGAUUUUUAUGAUUACGUUUGGAGGGACAUGAUUCGUGAUGCAAGUGUAGAGUGUUACAUAGCUACAGAGGAGCCAAACAAGCUCUACCAGUUCUUACACUACCAUGCGCUACCAGAUUCUAUAGAACUUGCCGAGUUGAUGAUUCAAAAAGGGGACACUUAUCCAGCCUUGAUACAAGUGGGUCUGGACAUGUUUUUUCGAUUGCAGGAAUUUCGUUCCAUGAUUCGCACCUUUUUAAGUAUCGGACAGACUGAACAAGGUUUACAGUUUGCUUUUAAAAACAUGGAUCUAAGAUCGUGUGUUGCAUCCAUUUUUCCUGGUGUCAUGUUUUACGACUCGCUGAUUCGAUCGGUCACGCAAAUGCUGGGGAGUUUGCUUCUAUUUUUGAAGAUUUGGGAUCCUGCUUCGUUGCGGCGUUCGAAUACAACGUCACUUUCAACUCUUGCAACCAGCGCUACUAAUCCGUUCCCAGACAAUUUGGUUCUAUCGAGUUCUCGAGCCAAAUUAAGGAAAGCUUAUGGAUUUGCUGAAUUAAAAGGCUAA